AUGAGAUCAUUUACAUCAUUCGAACGGUACUAUUUUUAUCAGAAUCACUCAUAUAUACAAUCAGCUCUACCAGACGUUUAUCAUUUAACUGAUACAGCAGUUUUGUUCUUUGAUACACAUUUGUCGUACGCAUCUGAAUACCAUAAAUAUCCACUUGAUUUAAAUAAUAUGAUCAAUCAAAAACGAAAUGACGGAAUAAUAAUAUUUAAUACAGUUACAAAUAGUUAUGAAAUCAAUCAAAAUGGUCCAAAUUCAGAGAGUGGUGAAUUAUUAGUUUCAUCAGUAGCUGCUUCGGUGCAACUGAUUGAUUCAUGGGCAGAUCAGACUUCAGAAUCAGCAACACUCAGACGAACCCCACUUCAAACAAUAUCUAAUUUACAGAGUGCUGAUCAGCUCGAUUCAUUGGUAAUAAAUACAUUAUUUUCAGCAGAUGAAACAACAACCGAGAGACAACAUCCGAGUUUAGUAAUUGAUAAAAAGAAACAUCCAUUUGUUGAUGUUAAUAGUCGGCAAAAUGCCCUACUUCAGUACCUAUUGGCAACAUUAACGGCGAAACAAUUAGACGCUAUACCGUAUAAUUGA